AUGAAGACCAAGUUCUGUAACGGUGAAACCGAGCCCUCCCCGCUGGGGCUACUGCUCGGCUGUAGCGCCGGCGCCGGGGUGGUCCUGCCCGCCGCGGGGCAACCCCCGUCGCCGCCCACUCACCCUGAGGCCGAGGGCAAGGAGCUGGCGGGGGUGCGGGCGCCGCAGCACCAGCCACCGGCCACGUUGCCGCCACCUGAGGAGGAGCCCGACUCCCGCACCCGCCGCAAGGCGUAUCUGUGGUGCAAGGAGUUCCUGCCUGGGGCCUGGCGGGGGCUGCGGGAGGAGCAGCUGCGCAUUAGCCCCAUCAGAGGUGGCCUCAGCAACAUGCUGUUCCAGUGCUCGUUACCUGACACCAUGGAGAUGGUUGCAGAUGAGCCACGAAAAGUUCUCCUCCGCUUAUAUGGUGCAAUCCUACAGAUGAGGUCCUGUAAUAAAGGAGGAUCAGGACAGGCUCAGAAGGAAAAUGACUUGCAGGGUGCAGAAGCCAUGGUACUGGAGAGUGUUAUGUUUGCCAUUCUUGCAGAGAGAAAUCUUGGCCCGAAGCUGUAUGGAAUCUUUCCACAAGGCCGAUUAGAGGAAUUCAUUCCAAGCAGAAAGUUAGACACUGAAGAACUAGGCUUACCUGAUAUAUCUGCAGAAAUAGCUGAGAAAAUGGCCAGGUUUCAUGGUAUGAAAAUGCCAUUUAAUAAAGAACCUAAAUGGCUUUUUGGGACAAUGGAAAAGUAUCUAAACCAAGUAUUGAGGAUUAAAUUUACCAGAGAAUCCCGGAUUAGAAAAUUGAACAAAAUCCUCAGUUACAAUCUUCCCCAGGAAAUGAAAAGCCUAAGAUCUAUGCUUGAAGCUACUUCAUCACCAGUUGUCUUUUGCCACAAUGACUGCCAAGAAGGUAACGUCUUGCUCUUGGAAGGCAGAGAGGAUUCUGAAAAACAAAAGCUAAUGCUUAUUGACUUUGAAUACAGCAGCUAUAAUUACAGAGGAUUUGACAUUGCAAAUCACUUCUGUGAAUGGAUGUAUGACUACACUUAUGAAAAAUACCCAUUCUUCAAAGCCAGUUUUUUGAAGUAUCCCACAAGGAUGCAACAGCUUCAUUUUAUCUCCAGUUACCUGACUGCAUUCCAAAAUGGAUUUGAAAAUCUAAGUAAUGAAGACAAGUCCAAAACAGAAGAAGAUAUGUUGAUGGAAGUCAAUAGGUUUGCCCUGGCAUCACACUUCUUCUGGGGCCUGUGGUCCAUUAUACAAGCGAAGAUUUCAUCCAUAGAGUUUGGAUACAUGGACUAUGCGCUGUCAAGAUUUGAUGCAUACUUUGACCAGAAGAGGAAACUUAAAGUGUGA